GUUUCUUCUGAAUCGUCACUUGAAGUGACGUAACGUUGGAUUCAAUUGUAAAUAUUGUCACCAAAACCAGUAUUGAGGCACCAAAUCAAGCCAUCAUUUGAUCCACUCUUGUGUCCCAAUUGAUCCCAACACUCGUCACUCGUAUUCGCGACAAACAUAUCGUUGUAAUCGUCUCUGAAAUCCAUUUCCUGCGCGAGUCGUAUGUCUUAAGCAAAUCGGACACCAAAUGGACAGUCAAUACAACACACGAUCGCCAGCCGUCAAACGUCUGUACAGAGAGGCCAAAGAGCUGCUCAACGAUCGGACCGCAGAGUAUUUCGCACAACCAUUAGAUGACAAUCUGUUUGAGUGGCACUUCACGGUGAGAGGACCUCCUGAUAGUGACUUCUUCGGCGGUGUAUAUCACGGGCGUAUAAUACUGCCGACGGAGUACCCCAUGAAACCCCCGUCUAUUAUAAUGCUGACACCGAACGGA